GUGAAGGUAACAAGUGUGGAGGUAAAAUGGCAGACAAGAGGGAUUUUAUUGAGCGAGUCUGUCAAUGAUGAUGAGUUAUUUAAAGUACCUGAAAAGAUUAUUCAGGGCAAUAAGCUGAAAGAGUUACAGGUUUUACGACACUUCAAGCAUGCCAGUUUACAAAUCGGAGAUAGAGCUAUGUAUAAAAUAACAACUGACCAGGUUAUACACCCUCAGCAUGUUGCGCUAGGCUCCCUCUACUGCUUCAAGCAGCCUGAGCCUUCUCAGAAGGCUGGUGGAAGACAGUCACAAAAACAACACUCUUCUGGUGUGGAGAGAUCUACUGAAAGUGUUCCAUCCUCAAAUGAAGAAAGAGUGGAACUAACUGAAAAAGUAGAGAAAUCUGAAGCGUUAAAACUUGAAGGCGAUCAGGAAUUAACUUCAGAAAAUCUUGAUGAGAACAUUGAUGUUGGAAAAGAUGAUAACAAAAGAACAUUUAACUCUCAAGAAGCAAAUGAAAAAGAGGGAACAUUAAUUUCUGGGGAACAUGAUGUGUCUGCGAUGGAGAAAAAUGAUGAAGAAAAGUGCGCAGAAGCCAGUGCUAAUGUCAGGGAAACGUCAGUUCAAAUGAGUGAUGGUAAAGUAGUUAAUAUAGACUUGGAAUUACUAUGUGAAAUACAUCGGCAACUUCUCGAAGCCUCUGAUGAUAUUGCCAAGAUAGGCGGUUGCUUCAAACCACUGAUCAGCAAUGAAAGUGGGGAGGCUGCCGAACACAUGGAACAGCAUAUUGUCAGACUAUUGCAAUCAAGAAAUGAACUUCAUGAGCAAAUUGCAUUAGUAGAGGGACUGAUAAACGGUAUGAAUGAAACGCCGAUUGAGGUGAAAGAGAAAGAUUCCUUUAGGAAGGCUGCAGAAGGACAUCACCUGAAGACCAGUGCGGCUAGGAUGCCGAAGUUGAGACCUGGACGCAAUAAGAAGCAGCCAGUGACAGCAGGUGAAGAGGUGUGUGUAGAAGUGACUCAUACCUCAACAGUUGUUGAUGUUACUUGGCAGGUGAGGUUAAUUUACUUUUUCGUUCAUCAUCACCUCCAAUAUUACCCUUGAAAAAUACAGAUUCCAGUCAA